UAAAAUAAUGAUUGUGAUUUGUGACUAAUUUCUCGCCGUAUUCAGAGUCUUGGCCCUAGGGUUGAUGCUUUUAUUCCUAAAAUAUAAUUAUUUACAUCAGUCUUGAAAAUAGCCAAUUCGUUUAAUUGACUCUGUACUGUUGUAUUCUUAUAUCCGGUAGCCAAAAUGUUUGACGCUCCUCCGUCCGCAAAACUCAAGGAGCAAGAUUUAGAACAUUUGGACAUUUCUAAACUUACACCAUCUUCACCCGAAGUUAUCAGUCGUCAGGCUACAAUCAAUAUUGGAACAAUUGGUCAUGUAGCGCACGGAAAAUCAACUAUUGUAAAAGCUGUUUCUGGUGUUCAAACUGUACGAUUUAAAAAUGAACUCGAAAGAAAUAUCACGAUUAAAUUAGGAUAUGCCAAUGCAAAAAUUUACAAAUGCAAUUUUGAUAAGUGUCCACGACCUGCUUGUUUUGUGUCCGGUGGAUCAGGCCGUGAUGACUCAUUACCUUGUUCUAGACCUGGUUGUCCAGGAAGAUUUGAAUUAGUUAGACAUGUGUCUUUUGUAGACUGCCCUGGUCACGACAUUCUUAUGGCUACUAUGUUGAAUGGAGCUGCAGUUAUGGACGCUGCAUUAUUACUUAUAGCUGGGAAUGAAUCUUGCCCUCAACCACAAACAUCAGAACACUUGGCUGCUAUAGAAAUCAUGAAGCUAAACAAUGUCAUAAUUUUGCAAAACAAGAUUGAUUUGGUGAAAGAAGGUCAAGCAAAAGAACAACAGGAACAGAUACAAAAGUUUGUUCAAGGAACCGUAGCUGAAGGUGCACCUAUUAUACCUAUAUCAGCUCAGCUCAAAUACAACAUGGAAGUAUUAUGUGAAUAUAUCUACAAAAAAAUCCCAAUUCCUGAAAGGGAUUUCACAUCACCCCCACGCCUUAUUGUUGUUCGAUCAUUUGAUGUCAACAAACCUGGAUGUGAGGUAGAUGAUCUUAAAGGAGGAGUUGCUGGUGGUAGUAUUUUGCGUGGGGUUUUAAAAGUUGGAAUGGAAAUUGAAGUACGUCCUGGCUUAGUAUCUAAAGACAGUGAAGGUAAAUUAACCUGUCAACCAAUUUUCUCACGUAUUGUGUCUUUGUACACGGAACAAAACGAGUUGAACUUUGCUGUUCCUGGAGGACUUAUUGGUGUUGGAACCAAAAUUGAACCUACAUUAUGCAGGGCUGAUCGUCUUGUUGGACAAGUAUUAGGAGCAGUUGGAGCAUUACCAGAUAUAUUUAUUGAGUUAGAAGUUUCAUACUAUUUGCUCAAGCGAUUAUUAGGUGUUCGUACUGAAGGGGAUAAGAAAGCAGCUAAGGUUCAACGAUUAUCAAAAAAUGAGGUGCUGUUGUUAAAUAUUGGAUCUUUGUCCACUGGUGGAAGAGUUUUAGCUACAAAAGCUGAUUUAGCUAAAAUCAGUUUAACUACACCAGUAUGUACAGAAAUUGGUGAAAAGAUUUCACUGAGUCGUCGAGUUGAAAAGCAUUGGAGACUUAUUGGAUGGGGUUUAAUUCGUGGUGGAGAAACAAUACAGCCUUCAAAACCACAAACAGGCUAAAAAUGUGAACAAUUACUAUUUCACAAUAUGUGUAUUUAUUGCAUCAUUUACUUCAAUAAAGAAGAUACAAAUAGUACUCAAUUAAUUUUUAAA